CUCCAGUCUCUGGUCGUCCGCCUGAACUGACUAUAUGAGUUUAGUCAGCGGAGCUAGUCAGCAGAUGACUUUUUUAUCGCUGAACGACCUCGCUGAACAAGAAAGGCUGCCUUCCCUUCGCUACUUCGGAGCCAUUCCUGUAUUUAGUCGCUUGUUUAAUAGGACUUGAAAUAUCAGAAACAUGAAAGUGUAUUUUCCUCUUCAUUGCCUGAAAGCAAAAAGUGGCUUCAUCUUUGGUUGGAAGAAUGAACAAACAAGUACCUUUGUCGCUGCAUCAGUCAUCCAUCCACGCGAAAUCUAUGACAGUUUUUGCGAACGAGUUUUUGACGAAUGUGCUUUGUACCUUGUUGGAGUUUGGCUAAAUGAUAACGAUGAGAAAUCUGUCGGUCAAGUGUUUGCUGUGUUAAAAACCUUGUCCAGGUCGUUAACUGACGGACUGUUCAUUCUACGUUUGAUAAGGUUCACCGACACUUUUCAUUUGUGCCAUGUCGGAAACUCGUUGAUAACGAAUGGAUCUGUGGUAAUUUUUUACAAACAACCUACUGGAAAUGCGUUUUUGACCACCUCACCAGCAGUUCCAGAUGGCAUUAAAUUCUGGAGGAAAUCAGAAGCGUUGCUGGAGCAAACGUGCCCCACAGAAUUAUCUAACGUCAUUGAACUUCUGAAUAACUCCCACAAAGCAGAAGAGAGUAUUUAUAGAUUGUUUGAAACACAAACAGAAACUCUUAGAAAACCAAUUCGCGAGAUUUGGAGGCUUUUGUCCAACUUUGGCAUGAAAGUUGUUAUUUUGUUUUAUGCCUUGUUUCAUCAAAGGCAGCAGGAAGAACACCCAGUUGUAAUUGAGACAAUCAAAUUCUUUUCAGAAUUAUCUGCUGUGUUUCUGCAAUUGUGUACACGUGUUAGGCAAAUGAGAGCUCUGGUGCUGUGUUUUAGCAAUUCUACAGCUCUAAAGGACAAACUAGAUUAUACUGGCCACUCAACAGAGUCAAGAAAUUCACCUAUGAAGACUGGUGCAAGGAUAAAGAGCAAUGUUUUUCCUGUGGUGUGGUUUGGCAGUUUUCUUAGUGCAGUUGCAAUUGAUGUUGUGUUGGGACUUUUCAUUGUGUUAUGGCUCUUUUCAAAUGGUUACAACACAUGCGCUACUGACUUAAUGAUGGAAAAGACUGAUGCUGUUGUUCAGUGGAUUACCUCUUUACUGGAGUGGCUACAAGGAGCCCCAGCUGGGCUCAAAAUAAACCAAAAGCUAGCAGAAUAUUUGAGCAUUUUCUUUCUUUAUCACCUGUUUCUUUGGCAAAUUUACCUUAGCUAUAUUGAACCGUAUCUUCAGAUUAUCAUCAGUUUUAUCAUCAUGUCAGGUUGUUUUGGAGCAACAUUCUUGUUGUCUUUGGCAUCAGAUGUUAUGUCUUUGAUAACACUCCAUAUCUACUGCUUUUAUGUGUAUGCUGCAAUGCUGUAUAACUUCCAGCUACAGAAGUUGUUGCUGUUGGCUAAACUAUUUACAGGUAGAAAAUGGAAUGUUGAAAAGAAUCAAGAGGACAUUGUUCCAUACAGGGUGGACAGACUGUUUUUAGGAACCCUGUGCUUUACCAUCCUCCUCUUCUUGUUGCCGACAACUGCCAUGUACUACGUUGUGUUUACCACCCUGCGACUGAUUGUCCUGUUUGUGAAGGGUGCUGUCAAUAGAAUCAUCAGUAUGAUGAAUAAUCUACCAGUGUUUCCACUGAUCACUGCUUUCUUCAGACCAGAUCUGAUACCAGGAGGCAUCAAGUUUGAAUAUGUUAACUCAUUGGCUCCUUCAGAAGCAGAACUCAACACACUGCAGGAUUUUCCUCUGGACAUAACAGCUCCUUCACCAACUGUUUUACUAAUUCUUCACAAUCAACCACUUCCCAUCACAAAACUGUUUACUCAGCAGUUGCUUGAAAAGUUCCCAGAUCAAGAUGAAUACAAACAGGAUUGGCUGUUGUUAAUCAAGAAAUUGGCCAAAGGAGAACUGAUUUAUCCAUGGGUGAAAUCAAGGACUUUUGAGAAAGAGGCAGUUCUUUAAUUGAAAGCAAAAGGGUUAUGUUGAUGGUCUACCUCUGAACUGUCAGGGCAUAGCAGAGACACCUGUACACCUUAUGUAGAAACCAUCUCUGUUCUGACUGAGAUGUUACUUCAAUCAGAAUUAUCUAACAGUGUUUGAUUACUGACUUAGGAUGGCUAUUGACAAUUUGCCUUCUCAUCCCAAGCAUGACCGAUUCAAAUUAUUAAAUAACUGCAUUGCCAAGCAGUCUCAUUCUUGUUGAUGAAAAUAUAGAAGUAAAAUAAGCAGAAGAAUAUAGUUUGAUUAAAAGCCAAAUUCUCGGAACCCAAACUCUAACAGAUGUAUUGUGUACCAUAAGGAGAUUCUUUAUUGAAAUCUUUGGAGGAAAAGGAACAGGAAAUUCAGCAUGUUGUUUGGGAUUUGAUUGAGAUGUGGCUUGACCAGAGUUUUUUGCUCAAUGGCCAGGUGAGCAAAAAAAUAGCUGCUAUAUUAGAACAAGGAAAUCUUCUUGCACCGGAUGACCAGGGUGAAUUUGAUUUAAUCCCCAUUGUAACCUCAGGCAUUUCAACUUGCUCAUCUUGACAAAACUCCUUCUAGAUCCGAAGGCAGCUUGGAAAUAUGGCUUGGCAAUGAGACAUUUCCAGGAUUGAUCAUUGAAUAGAUGUAUCUGUUAUAUUAAUCCUUUAAACCCCAAGAGUGACCCGCAUCUAGUUUCUCCUUACAGUAAUACUGCGGAAUCAUUCAUUAAGAUCAUGAGAAUAAAGGAAAAAAUUGCCAACUAAAGAAACUUUGAUUGUUAAACCAAUUCUCCUUGUCAGCACCAAAAGAAAUGUAUAGAAGAGUGUAUGGAGAAAACGGAUACUGAGGUUAUGGUGUAAAGGGUUAAGAGGCAUCAUAGGGACUCCUCAUUACAAAAAAUUGUGAAAAACAUAUAAUUAUAUCAAAAAAUGAAGUAACUAAAGUAAAGUCAGAGUCCUGAAGCACCUGCCCUGAAGCACACUUUAAAUAAGACUUGCAUUCAAUACUUAAAAGUAAAGCUAGAAUCAGAGACCAACAUUACACCAACCACACCUUAUUUUUAUUUAAGAAACCUUUUGGAUAUAGUUUGUAUAGGUGUACUAUACUACUUGCCUACAAGACAUUUUGCUCUUUGCAAAAUUAUAUUACAGAAACUACCCUGCUAGA